AUGGAGAAAUGUACUGACAAAUCACCCAUUGACGAUGACUGGAAACGCACGAUUGAAUUUUUACCGGAUAACUGUUUGGAACACAUAUUUACUCAUGUCAAUCUCUACGAAGAUUUCAAUUCUGUUCUUUUGGUUUCCAAGCGUUGGAACCGUUUAGCUUUGGAUACCUUGCGAAGAAUGAAGCGUUUGUUUAGAGAAUGUACUGAUUUUUCUUGGCGUUUUAUUGAAAGCGACAGUCUUCUUUCUGAAAGAUGUUCACAUUCAGUAUGUUAUCAUCCUAAUGAAUAUGUAAUUUAUAUGUUUGGUGGAUGCAAUAAUACAUAUACUGCUUUUAAUGAUCUUUGGCUUUUUGAUUUGAAUACUCAUGAAUGGGAGCGUGUACUUAUUACCCGUCAUCCAAUGCCUUCACCAAAAGCUUUAGCCACCAUGGUUUUGUAUAAUGAUAAUUUACUUUUAUUUGGAGGCUUUUCAAAAUCUUCAAUGAACCCAAUUCAUCAAACUAGUACAUUUUUUAAUGAACUUCAUUUGUACGAUUCAAAAAAGAAUUGCUGGGAAGAGAUUGUUUCUGAAAACACUGCUCCACAUUUAGCCGGACACACAGCCUCAAUUGUUGGGAAUUUUAUGCUCGUUUUUGGUGGUUCAAUGGGAUCUUCAUACAACAAUAAUGUUUAUGUUUUGGAUUUGUUGAGAAGAAUUUGGAAUAUGCCGUCAAUUCCUGGCCCUUGUCCACCUCCUCGUUAUGGCCAGUCACAAAUACUUUUGGACAACAAUCAUUUGAUUAUAAUUGGGGGAUGUGGGGGACCUAAUAUGAACUUUUCUGAUGUGUGGCUAUUAGAUUUUGAUCUGUUCGGAGAUUCUGAAUGGAAAUGGACUCAAUUGAAGGUUUUUAAUUUUUUUAUAUUUGGGCUUAAAAUGGGUCUCACCCUGAAGACUUAUUGA